CGGUCCGAUCAAGGUCGGCGACGAGCCCCAGUAGCGGGCGCUGACCGUGUGUGAGGCUGGCCUGGGGUGUGUCUGCUCACACUGGACUAGCUGACACCAGUACCGAUACAGCGGCGGUCUGGUGAGGGCUCUCGGCGGGCGGUGCAGGGCGGUCACGGACGAGCCACUCUGGGAGAGGAACGAACAGCUGAGUAGAAUCGUGCUGAGAGCUCAGUGGAAUCGUGCAAGAGGAAGGGGAAGAGAAAAAGGGAAGAGAAGACAGGGAACGGAUAUGGGGGAUAGGUAGUGACCGAGAUUUGAAAAAGAUACAGUGGAAAACCGUCUCAGAACAUGAAGCAGGACCACACUGCCUACUGAGGGACACACACGCUUAUCCCAACGGCAGUAAUAAUAUUGAGGGAGACAGAAACAAACCAGAAGCACCGAGAAACGAAACAUAUCGCCAAUCUAUCGCCUUGUUGAAGAGGAGACGACAAGCCGCAGAACAUGGCGUCCAGCAUGCCGUCGUCAGAGACGAGUCCAACACCGACGAGUCUGGAGCUGAAGUCGGCCAUGGCGACCGAACAGCAGUACAUUGACGGUGCGGCUGCCGGCGCGCGCCGCUGCGGCCAGCCGCCGGUGCGUCUGCUGGUGCUGUUCCUCGUCACCGGCGGCUUCAUGGUGCAGAUGAUGCUGCGCGUCACGCUCUCGGUGGCCAUGGUGGCCAUGGUGAACCACACGGCCAUCCCGCACGCCGAGGUCAGCGCCCAGGCCGCGUGCAGUAACUGGAUCGCCGCGGACUCGGCGGCCGCACCUCCGCCACCCGAGCACGACGACACAGAGGUGGGCGAGUACGUCUGGGACGAGUUCACGCAGGGCCUCCUGCUGGCGGCCUUCUACUGGGGCUAUCUCGUCACCCAGGUGCCCGGUGGGUUUCUGGCAGAGAGGUUCGGCAGUAAGCGCGUGCUCGGCGUCUCGCAGGGGCUGAACGGGGCGCUGGCGCUGCUGCUGCCGGUCGCCGCCGACGGGGGGCCCGGCUGGGUGAUCGCCGUGAGGUUCAUACAGGGCGUCUGCUGCGGACCCGUGUACCCAUGUCUGUUCCCGCUGGUGGCGCGCUGGUUCCCGCUCGACGAGCGCCAGCGGGCCUUCAGCUUCGUGAACGCUAUGACCGCCUUCGGCAUCUCGCUGACGACGACGAUGGCCGGCCAGCUGUCGACCUCGCUCGGCUGGCGCUCCGUGUUCUACACGUCCGGCAGCAUAGCGCUGCUCUGGGCCGCCGCCUGGAUGCUGCUUGUGCACGACACGCCCCACGAACAUCCGUCCGCCACGGAGGCCGAGAGACGCCGCAUCGGCGCCGGCAACGUGACCUCGGCGCGCACGGUCCGCCGGCCGCCCUACGGCGCCAUUCUGCGCUCCGCGCCCGUGCUGGCCAUCAUCAUCGCCGAGACGGCCAACAGCUGGUCUCUGACCUACCUGAUGACGUCGCUGCCCACCUAUAUGAAGCACGUGCUGGGCUUUGACCUGCGCGCCAACGGCGUGCUGAGCGGCCUGCCGCUGGUGUGCCGCGGCCUGAUGAUGCUCACCGGCGGCAGCCUGGCCGACCUGGCGCUGCGCCGCGGCUGGCUGCGGGUGGUCACCAUCCGGAGGCUGGCGGCCGGCCUCUCCAGCGGCGGCUGCGCGCUGCUCCUCUUCCUGGUGACGUUCGUCGGCUGCCAGCCGGCCGUGGCCACGCUGUUCGUCUGCCUGGCCGGCACGUUCAACGGACUCGUCACCAUCGGGACGCUGCUGAACCCGCUGGACAUCGCGCCCAACUACUCCGGCUCCGUGUUCGGCAUCGCCAACCUCAUCGGCAACGGCAUCUCCACGCUGAACCCGGUCGCCACCGGCGCCAUGAUCCGCGGCGAGCAGACGGCCGAGCGGUGGAACAACGUCUUCUACCUGGGCGCCGGCAUCUUCGCCGUCAACCUGGUGGUCUACCAGGCGCUGAUGUCCGCCGACCGGCAACCCUGGGACAAACAGGAGGAUGGCGAACGGGCCGGCAACGCUGGCGGAGUCGGCGUCUUUGAGGAGGUCAACAACCGGAAGGCCGCCGAAGCAACAGAGGAGCGACAGGGUGGAGGGCGUGCGGAGUAGGCAGACGGUAGGCAAUCAGGUGCAGAUUGAACUCCGACCAUCAGGAAGAAAGGUAACUGGGGGUGGGGGAGUGAGCACAGUUGGUGAUUUCGUUAGUGGUAAUGGUGCCGACUACCUAUACGGUAUUACGGUCCAAAAGAGAAUCUCGGAAGAACAGCAGGGAUGGGUGUAGGUAUGUGAUCAAGCGAUAAAAUGAAGACAACACAUGUAAUGGGAUAAGAGCACGAGUUGCUUUGAGUGGAACUGUAUGACUGGGGAAUUUUCAAGUGAAUUGUGAUGGGCCACGAGCGAAUGUUAUACUUAGCACGUAUCUUCUAUCUAAGAUGCAUUUUACUUGCUUGUGUAAAAUCUGUGCUCUUUUCUCACAGAAAGUAUCGGUGGACAUCUGCAGCGGUUACGCACGUGUCACAUCGAUGCAAGACUCUGGACCGGUGUGACACUCUUGGACUCAGAAGGAUGUGAGGUUCUACCAUGAGACCCUAAAAAGACGUUGACUUUAAAGGUUAAGGGCUAGAGCCAAGGUCAGGGUAGCGGAGGCUAGCUAAACGAGACUGGAUAAACGGUAACGCUCAGGAGGACCGUUAUGAGCAUCACUUUUUAUACGCUACAUCGUACCUUAGUGCACGUAUGUAUGUCGCCGUCUUGUUUUACAACCAGAAAAUAGGUAUCGUAUAAUAUUUUCUAAUAGGUAUGUCUAGUACCUAUCAUGAGCGGCCACUUUCGGUCCUCUUGGGGCAAUAAUUCGGUACGUUAUAGGUACUCCGUCCUUUGACCUGGAGUUUGACCUCUAGGGUCAGACAUUAGGGUCAAGGUCAACUGAGGAACAAAAUGUAGCCCACGUAGACGAGCAUCCAUUGGAAUGGUUGUUUGAGGCGUGGCAGAUCAACUUCUUUUUAAUUUGGCCUACUCCUUUGGGAAAUGAUGCCUAUCUUUGACCUUGUGUUUGACGUUAAAGGUCAAGGGCUAGAGCCAAGGCCAGGGUAGCGGAGGCUAGCUAACGAGACUGGCCGUCGUUUAGGACCGUUUUUAGCCCACUCCUUCCAUAAAUUCAGGACGUUAUCCGGUAUCCCGUCGUUUGACCUAAAACUUGACCUCGAAAGUCAAAGGUCAAGGUCAUAGUCACGGAGGUUGCCCACAGUGACGAGCUAUCAUGCAUGACUUCUUUUGAUCCUCUUCGGGCAAUAAUUCGAGACGUUAUUGGGUACCCCGUCCUUUGACCUCAAAUUUGACCUUGAUGAUGACCUUAAAAUGUGUUUUAUGCCAAUUUUUUUUUAAUCAGCGUGCCCUACUUGACCUCAUAACGUGUUUUGAUUCUGAAUCUGACGCUGAAUCCGUCGCUGAAUAUGUCGCACGCUGAAUACGUAUAUCGCGCUGAAUACGUCAAUGUGUCUUCACGUCAAUACCUACGCAAAACCCACACGGACAUUUUGCAUUGUCUUAUAAUUUAUACCUACGGUUCAUACUGGAAAAUACUGGCGACUGAAGCCACAUUGGAAAGCUAAAAACGCCUAGGGUGUUUAAUGUUUAUUGUUUAUCUAUCGCAGGAUUUUCCACAAGUGACAUGACAGGACACAGUGCCGAUCUACCCUGGCAGUUGGCACCGAUCCAGUGACCCUACGCUGAGCCCCUGUUUAUACGCACUUCACCCGGAGCCAGACGUAUACAAUCCAUCACGCACACGUUAUUUAAGUCAAACAAGCUCUUCAAAACUAUCCGAAUUGGCCAACGCUCACAGGCGUUACUUAGCAGCUUUUGUGGCUAAUGUUAGGAUGCCAAAGCCAUUUUUACAGGCCCUACCGGGCCUUUGUAAAACGACACAUAUGGAUGCUCAAAGUUUCUAAAUUAGCCUUUACGAGGCAAUCGCGUUGCUAUGUUGCUGUGUAGACACAAAGCAGUUCCAGGCACCAUCCAUAACCACUUCGCUCGACAACCGAGCCACAGAUUUGCAUCGUCAUCCAAACUGCGCCUGCCCUCCGCAGUGUAUACCUACGUGAGUUGCAUGAACGUAUGGACAUCGGAAACUUAUCACUGGUCGUGCCUGCUGUAGUAGAGACUAGUGAGAUUAGAGAUUCCACCGCUCGCUGUUCAGCGGCUAAGAACAUUCCAUGUCGGUAUUUGUUCUUGUUCGAUGCAAAAAGCCUCUUGUCUAGCUACGGUCGCUGGAGUAUGGACCAGAAUUGGCAGGAACCCAGGAACAAUGCGUAAAUUAUUUUAGUUUAGUCAUCAUGCCUUACAGUUUCGGGUAAAACAUGAAUAAACGGAGUUGGAGAACAG